AAUGGAGAUUGAAGCGCCACCGCCGUAAAAACGAAAAGAAAUGAGAUUGAAAGGAAUCUAACUGAGUUGAGUUCAUGUGUCCCCUGUCAGUGUCUUCAAAUUUCAAACGUUUGUUUUUGUUUUUCAGACGCUGUCACUCUGCACCACCACACAUCUUUAUUCUCUGCUUCAUUUCAUCUUCUACUAUGCAUUUCGCGUUUGUUUUUACAAUAGUUUAAACAAUGUACACUCUUACGUUUCCUGCUUUUGAAUUUUCAGCAUCUCGUUAUUUAUGAGGCAACGUUAACGUUCCUCCAGUAGGUUUAACAGCUGUUGCUGCUCCGUUUUUUAUUUUAUUUUUUGCUUUGUUCAUAUAAUAAUAUAAUCCCAUUAUAACAAUGAGCUAUGUCAGACAAGAAUAAGAUAAGAUUUAUUUAAAUUUCCAAUCACUUUCUUUAAAGCUUCUUUAAUUUAUGGAGCAAUUAUGGAUGGUUGGCUUUGUUGUGUUUCUUUUUCAGGUAUUGCUAAUAUGAAGAAUUGUUGGGUUUUUGACAAUAAUUUGAAUGGUCUAUCGGAUGAGAUUCUUGAUGAUGUUAUUGAAUUUUUUGAUUUCCCACUUGAAGAUGUGGAAAUUGAUGGGGUGGAACAAGAUUGGGAUGAUCAGUUUAAACUUGAAGAGCCAUCUCUUAGAGUUUUUUCAGUAUCAUCGUCGGAGCUGAGUGUUCAAACUCUAAAUGAGAAUGCAAAACAUGAGUGCAGUUUCUCUGCUUCUCUAGCAAAGACUGCUGGACCUACAUGUGGCAAAACUAUUCCCAUCCAGAAUGUCUCUUUUGACAGAAAAGAAUUGCACCAAUGUCAAACCUACAGUCCAGUUUCUGUUUUUGAAGGUGGUAGUGCUUCCUCAGUUGUGAACUCCACCUUGGAGUUACCUUUUAUCCUGGCAAAGCGUCCCCGAGGAAAACGCCAGCGUCCCUCAAACUCCAGCCCACUAUUCUCAAUUCCUUUCUCCUCUACUUUGCCGUCUUUUCAAAAAAGUCCAAGGAUAGAUGACUCUGAAUUAGAAAUACAGCCCACUGGGAAAUUAUUAAGCAGUGUCAACAAGAAGCAGAGGGAAGAGGAUAUUUCCCUGCUAACUAGUAAAACGGAGACAAAGAGAUCCUCAUCACAGGAGUCAGUUGCACCCAGAAAAUGCAUGCAUUGUGAGAUGACAAAGACACCACAAUGGAGAGAGGGACCAAUGGGUCCCAAGACCCUGUGCAACGCUUGUGGAGUUCGAUACAGGUCUGGCCGGCUCUUUCCUGAAUACCGGCCUGCAGCUAGCCCUACUUUUGUAGCAUCAUUGCACUCAAACUCUCACAAGGUGGUCUUAGAAAUGAGGAACAAAGCCACCCAGGUGAGUGUUAGAUGUUCUUCUUUGUUGUCUAGAUCAUCAAACCUUCCUGGAAAUUCUCUAGGAUAAUAUUAUGUUUAGAUUUUAUUGAGUGUUAGUGCUAAACAGGAUUCUCCUUGUUUAUUGUUCACUUUUUUUCUGGUGUAAUCUUAUAUCGAUUAGCAAGUUAGCAUCACCAUUCAUUUGUUUUAUGUAAAUUGAUUGGUAGAAUAAAAGGUAAUAAGAUGAUAUCAGUGCUUCACUGCAUGCUAGGCAUUCAAGUAAACAAUGUGUUGAAAAUUCUGAGAAGGAAGAGAAUAAAAUAAAAGGUGUUCUUUGAAAUUGCCUGCUGGAUGUGUUGCAAAGACAUGAAUUUAACGAUCAAAGACAAUGAUAUCAAUAUGUCAGGUAACAUGAAGGGGGGAGAAGAAACAAAAUUUAUAGUGAAAGAACUCGCUUAGGUUGUUGACAUGUAGGCCUGAAUGACGAUUUCCCUUCAACUUCCUUCUCGGUAAUAAUGUUAUUUAUUUCAACUAAACUCCAUUCUAGUUCUUGAAAUUGUGAACAUUAGUCACUUAG